AUGCAACAAGAAAAUAAACACUUGGAAGGAGAAAUAGGAACAACAGACGCUCUUUCAACAUCGGAAGAACGAGAGUUUGUGAUCAAUGAGGCAUCCAACAGUAUACGGCCUCAACCUGCCAAACCGAGAACGAUGGCCUACCGACAACAACUCCAACAAAAACAAGCAGUUUUGAAUGGCCUUACAUCUCCGCAAAAACAACAACAAGCAUCUAAUGGAGGUAAUUUAUUGAAGAGAAUACAUCAAAAUUCUGUUCGGAUCCGAAGUGCAAGUGCUUCAUCCAAUGAAGCCCCUCCAUCGGAACGAUUUGUUCAUUCACCUUCGGGGAGAACCUAUUCAACCGAUUCGUUGUUUAAUGACUCUACGAAUUCUCCACAACAAUUUAAUGCCGAUGACUUGCAUAGUACUUCCAUGUCAGAUCUUUCCAUUCAAAAUAAUCAGCCAGCCACUCUUCAGACUGGAACCUCUUCCAAUAACUUGUAUGGAAAAAAUUCAAAGACUGCUGUUCCUUUGACGCAUGGAGAUUCUUUUCUCAACAAUAAUUCUUUGCUGGCUGAUGACUCUUUUUCGUCCGAUGGAAAUAACUCUUUAAAUCCAAAUUUUAAUUCUAAAUCACGCGUAAACUCUAAUAGAAAUAUUUAUGAUGCUCAACUUCCAAAGAUUGUAUCGACCUCCCACAUGCAAAACGAUUCGUUCAGCACAGAAAACAGUGCACGAGACUCAUUGCCCAAUCUAGUGACACCUGUUUCUAAAAAUCUCGGAAGUUUUUGUAUUGAUGAAGCAGAUAUUUAUAACGGAAAAGUGAGAUUUGAACAUUUCAGUGAGAUUAUUAAACAGCUGGAUGACAUUAAGGGAAAGUUUGAUGAUCGUGUCAACGACUUAACACUUGGAAUUACUUUCUUUGAGAAAAAUUUGAGCUCAGAACAAGAAAAAUGUAGAGAAUAUUUGGUGAAAGGUUUCAUUUCACUGAUCAAGAAUCUUGCACAAGACAAAAUUCCAGAAGUUUACCUUCGAUCAGUGCCAAAAUUUGGAGGCAGUCCAGCUAUGGUAUCUCUGCAUAAAGCUUUACUCGAAUUGAGACGAGCCACUACUUCUACCAAUCCACAGCAAGCUCUCGUCGUUAAAUUAGAUUCUGAGGUUUCGAAUGAAAUUGAAGCUAUUACUGAAAAAACCAUUGAUGAGACACUUAAUGAUUUUAUUGGUAGUUUGGCCACAGCAAACGACAGAAUUGCAAGAGGAGUGAAAACCAUGAAACAAACCAAUGCUCAACUCGAAACCAUGCUUCACGAUUUGAAAUCCGAAAAUUUAUUCUUGUUGGAGAAAAUUAAUCACUUGGAAGGAGUUACACUCAUGCAACAAGAAGAAAUCGACACUUUGAAAAUAGAAAUGUCAAGAAGAGCAGCCGAAAUGGAUAUUAUCAAAGAACAAGUGGCAAGACGAGACAGACUUUUGGACGAGCAACGAUCCAACUAUCUCAAUGAAUUGGUUCAACUUCAAAUGAAAAUAUAUGAGAACAACAAGUUGAAUAAUAAGGGAGGAUUGCGACCUCCAAGUUCAACCAACUUUACCACGAAGGACAAUUUGAGAGCUCCCUCUCCCAUUUCAAAUUUUACAUCCUCAUACGAUGAUGCUGACAAAACACACCAGUCGGAUUUGGAGCUCAGCAAAUUGGUAAAGCAACAUCAACAAGAACUCGAAACCAUGAUUGAUGAAAGAUUUGACGCGUUCAAAUUGCAGUACUUGAAAGAAAAGAGAAAAUCUGAACGUGAGCAUAAAGAAGAAAUGGAAAUUAAGGAGGUUGAAAUUAACAAAUUGAAGAAAACCAUUAACAAUUUGGAACGAAAUUUACGAGAAAUGACAUUGGCACAAGAACACAGUUUCCAAUUCGAUGGAAGUUUAAUCGUGUCUGAAGAAGCCCUUCACAGAGGAUACAUGACAGAAGAAGAAACUGAUUCAACCGAUGACGACCAAGAAGAUGAAUAA